CAUUUAUAGUCUUUACCAGCAGUUUCUUUUCUCGGAAGAUUUGCCUUUCAACUCAAUCAAUCUCUCCAAACCUCAUUCUCUCUCUCUGAUCUUCAUCUCCUCUUUCUGGAUUUCCUCUCGUUUCAGAUCCUUAUUAGGUGCACCGUUGCUGGUUGUGGUGUUGGAGGAAAUCAGGUUCUAUCUUUUGGGUAAAAGCAUUGUUUGAGAGUGAACUCCAAUGGGAACGCCUUUGAAUCAGCCCGAGUUUGAUUACUUGUUCAAGUUGUUGAUGAUUGGGGAUUCGGGGGUUGGGAAGAGUAGUCUUCUUUUGAGUUUUACAUCCGAUUCGUUUGAAGAUCUGUCGCCCACAAUUGGUGUUGAUUUCAAAGUAAAAUAUGUUAAUGUUGGUGGCAAAAAGCUGAAGCUUGCAAUCUGGGAUACAGCUGGUCAGGAGAGAUUCAGAACAUUGACAAGUUCAUACUACAGAGGUGCACAAGGAGUCAUUAUGGUUUAUGACGUAACAAGGCGAGAAACCUUUACAAACCUCUCUGAGGUGUGGGCCAAGGAAAUAGAUCUUUACUCGACAAAUCAAGACUGCAUCAAGAUGCUUGUUGGCAACAAGGUUGAUAAGGAAAGCGAUAGGGUUGUAACAAAGAAAGAGGGAAUAGACUUUGCUAGGGAAUAUGGAUGCCUAUUUACUGAAUGCAGUGCUAAAACUCAAGUUAAUGUACAGCAGUGCUUUGAAGAGCUUGUUUUAAAGAUAUUGGAUACACCUAGCCUCCUAGCUGAGGGCUCUAAAGGGAUGAAAAAGAACAUCUUUAGAGAGAAGCCCCCGCAGCCUGAUGCAUCCACAGGCAGUUGUUGCUGAUGCUGAUUAUCCGCCUCUCGUUUCUCCAACUUCCGGAUCUCUAACCAGUAUUUUGAUUCUUCUCCGAAUCAUUGAAGAAGUGUUUUUUUUAAAAAAAAAUGAUUAUUUGACAUUAAUUGCAAGUUACAUGUAAAAUAGUGUUGUGAUUUCUGCUUUGGAGACUAUUUAUAUGCAAUAUUGAAGUAUCCUUAGUAUAAGCCCGGAAGGAAUCACCGAUCGAUUAUAUUGAUUCUAUGCGAUUGUACAAAAGAGUU